AUGUCUCCCACGGGAAGUACAAUACAACUAGCACAGGAUGAGGUCUAUGUUGGUCCGAAUUUGAAUGUCACAUUAACUUGUCCAGAAUGUAAAAUAUUUCCUCCUGAUUUAAUAGAAAGAUUCAGCGAAGGUGAUAUAGUUUGUGGAAGCUGUGGACUUGUGUUGAGUGACCGUGUAGUCGAUACACGAUCAGAAUGGAGAACAUUUAGUAAUGAUGAUCAAAAUGGGGAUGAUCCAUCUCGUGUGGGUGAUGCGGGAAAUCCAUUAUUGGAUACAGAAGACUUGUCAACCAUGAUAUCUUAUGUUCCUGAGAACACUAGAGUUGGAAGAGAGUUAAAUAGGGCACAUUCAAAAUCAUUAGUUGAUAAAAAGGAUAAUGCCUUGGCUGCAGCGUAUGCCAAGAUCUCACAAAUGUGUGAUGGUUAUCAAUUACCAAAAAUCGUCCAAGAUGGGGCUAAGGAAGUUUAUAAAAUGGUAUAUGAUGAAAAACCAUUGAGAGGGAAAUCUCAAGAAUCUAUUAUGGCAGCAUCUAUUUUCAUUGGAUGUAGAAAGGCGAAAGUUGCCCGUUCUUUUAAAGAAAUUUGGGCUUUAACUAAUGUACCACGUAAAGAAAUUGGGAAAGUAUUUAAAAUUAUGGAUAAAGUUAUUAGAGAGAAGAAUGCAGCUAAUCCUAAUGCUGCAUUAUAUUUGAGUCAUGAUAAUAUUCAAACUACUCAAACAUCAGCUGAGGAUUUAAUCAGAAGAUUCUGUUCUCAUUUGGGAUUAAAUGCACAAGUUACCAAUGGUGCCGAAUAUAUUGCCAGAAGAUGUAAAGAUCUUGGUGUGUUGGGUGGUAGAUCGCCAACAACUGUUGCGGCAACUACAAUCUAUAUGGCAUCAUUAGUAUUUGGAGUAGAUGUUCCUCCAACAAAAAUAUCAGACAAAACUGGUGUUAGUGAUGGAACUAUUAAAUCUUCAUAUAAAGUCAUGUAUGAAGAAAGAGAAAAGCUUGUUGAUCCAUAUUGGAUUGAGAGCGGAAAAGUGAAAUUAGAUAGAAUUCCAAGGAGUUAG